AGAACUGGCUGAACUGGAUCAUGUUUUCUUCCACGUUUUCUGAGCAGCAGCAGAAGGAUUUGUCUGAGAGGCUCAUAUCGUUCCUGUCCAGAUACAAACACAUAUCCGACUCCUACAUCAUUGAGUUUUUUAGUGAGAACCUAUGGGAUACACUACCAGAAGGAUGGCAAAAGGCUCUGAGUGACCUCACAACGCCUCAAAUUGCAGAUCUGCUGCUGGACAACAAAAUAAAGAGCAGAAUUUAUCCCUCAGUCUGGCCACUUUCAUUACUUGCUUUAAGAGCCACAGCUCACACACUAGCCUUUCCACGGACAUUUUCAGACCAUUAUGUAGUAGAGGAGGACACAGUGGGACCAGUCAAACCAGAGGAGUUCCUGUCCAACAGCAGCCAGAGCGCUCUGCUUGCUCACAUCUUUCGAAAACACGUGAAACCCAAGAAACAGCACGAGAUCCGCAAACUUGGAAUGUUGGUUAAGCAGCUGUGUGACCAGACUCAGUGUAGCAAUGUGGUUGAUGUUGGGUCCGGGCAGGGCCAUUUGACCCGUUUUCUCUCCUUUGGACUUGGGCUAGAUGUUACUGGCAUUGAAGCUGAUCCCAAUCUAGUUUCCAUGGCAUCCAAGUUUGAUGGACAGCUCCUGCUUACACUGGCCAAGGAGAAUCAAAGGACUGGCACCUCUCCACUAUUAGCCAUUGGUCCUGCACCUCAGCAUGUGCUUGGCUGGGUCAACCCCAGAGCUACCUGGGAGGUCUUUGUCCAGCAGCUGGGGAAGAGGGAGAAGGAAAGUGAGAGUUAUCCAAGCUCAGUAGCACCAUGUAAAAAGAGACAGCGAGUAUCUGUAUCAGGCCAGGGACAUGAGGUUGAAAGCAGACUUGUUUGUGGAAGCCAACACUCGUGCACAGAGGAAUGCUGUGCAAAAGCUGAUGCGAAACAGCCUGUGUCUCUUCUAGUCCAGUCAGUUGGUGUAACAACAGAACCUCUUCUUAACCAGCCAUGUAACAAAGACAUUUUUAAAGAGACACCUUUAGGUCUUGCAUCCAGAAAUGAAUGUGAAUUGACUUCAACUUCAACUCCAGAGGAAGUCCAUUCAUUUACCCAAAGGACCAAGAGUUCAGAUUUUGUCCUGACUGGGCUUCAUGCAUGUGGAGACCUUAGUGCUACUCUCCUCCGUCAUUUUGUUAACUGCCCCCAUGUUCAAGGAAUCACCUCUGUGGCCUGCUGCUAUAUGAAGAUCACUACCAAGGAGAACCCCAACCCUCCUGGACUUGUUUCAUUUCCACUUUCUGACACCUCAGAAGAAGUGUCUCAGUCAGACUAUGGCUACCCAAUGAGUGAGUGGGUGAGAGGGUUGCCUGGACAUGAGCUGUCCUAUAAAGCACGAGAGGGGGCAUGCCAUGCGAUGGAGGACUAUCUUCAGAGACUGAGAGAGGAGAGUGGGUUGCUGAAAACGCACUGCUACAGAGCAACACUGGAGACCAUCAUCAGAGCAGAGAGGCCUCACCUGUGCAGAGCAGGCAUCCAGACCAUCAAAAAGGCCCAUACACUGUCCUUCUCAGAGUAUGCCCGAUUAGGGCUUCCUCGUGUGGGCCUACCUGCUGACCUUCCCUUCGACCAGGUCUGUGUGGAGCGCAUGCUGGAGCAGCAGGGUAGAGUGGUGGUGUAUUUUAGCCUGGCUCUGCUGCUGGCUCCGGUGGUGGAGACCCUGGUUCUGUUGGACAGAACGCUGUUUCUGCAGGAGAGAGGUUUCCAGAGCCGGUUGGUUCCUCUGUUUGAUCCAGCUCUAUCCCCCCGAAACUUUGUGCUGGUGGCAGUGAAACCAAAAGCAGACGGAGAAGAGAUUCAUUAGUGGAAUAAUUCCAAGUCAUCUGCAGUCAGAGUUCAGAAGCUCAGGACUGGGUUUGUUUAAAAGGAGUUACACAGAUUACAAUUUAAACCUGCUUAUUAUGGGAAUUAUGUCUGCGAAAGCUGUGGUCUGAAUUUAAAAUUGCUGAUCAAACAGAUUUUUUAAGUGUACCGGUCCAACCUUCCCUUGAGAAGAAUUUCCAUCGAGUUGUUCCAGGAGCAUUUUAUGGCCUCUGUCUGAUUGUCUGGACAAACCUGGACUGUGGCAGUUCAGGAACACUAAGAAGAAAGAAAUUCAUAUUUUUGAAGCUUCUUUUUAAUGCAGCAUAAACUAGGUCUGUACACUGUUUUACACUUGUUUUUACCUGUCUAGUAUUUUAUGUCAGCCUUUAAUACUUGAAUUUAUGAUAGUUUUUUUUUUUGUUUGACAAUUUGUGUUUUUAAUUGAUUUGCUGUUAAUACAAAACUUUGACAGUUACCUCUUUGCCGGCUUACCCUUUGGGACACUUUAAACCAUUCCUCUUCUUGCAGCAGAGACUAAAAUAUAUAUGAAUUCAGAAAAGUUCUACAAUUAUUUUUUUAAAGCAUGCUGUAAAAUAGCUUUGAAUAACUAUCAGUUUAAAAAAAGAGCCUUUACAUCAACCUUAAAUCCAAAUGGUUCUUCAGAUUCUUCACACAUCUGUUACAAAAAACAGUUACCAAUUUUGAACCCUGAAUUUAUUAUUCUAUGGCAUCACCCAAAGAUCCCCUUGUAACACCCAUAUUUUAAAGAGUGUAGUUACCAGAGUAGAUGUGUUACACGUGUUGUUUUACAUUAUUGACUCUGAUUAAUUACCAGAUUUGAUACUUGAUUAACUUACUAGGAAGAUCUGGGCAAUGGUGUGCGUAUGGGAUUACACUGGCACUGCUAUGUGGUGGACUUUGGUGGCCUCUAGCCAUUGUGCUGUCCCCGAGACCUCAGCUUCAUUAAUGUGAUAUCAGAGCUCAGGAUCUCCGGCAUCUCAUGAAACAUUUAAAUGGCACAAAAAUGAACUUGCUCUGUACUGGGCUGGAUUCAGAAACAAAAAAAGCUGUUAAAAUGAACAAGGGUGAGUUUCCCAAGUAUCUGAAAAUAAAGAGAUUUUUUUUACA